AUGUCCUCGUCUCCUGCCAAUUCUUCAUACCCCCACAAUGUCACGUCCGCUCCUGUCCCAGGCACGGUGGUGGGAUUGACCCUGCUGGCAGCGGCAGUGGCUGUGGGUCUGCCGGGCAAUGCUGUGGUCCUCUGGAGCUGCGCCACCACCCACCGUCACAGUGUCCCCAUCCUCCUCAUCUUCUACUUGGCCUUGGCCGAUAUGGUCACCCUCCUCACCGGUCCCAUCUACCUCCAGGCCUUGAGCCUUGGCCAAUGGGAUAUGGGCUUGGCUCUCUGCCGCGGGUGUCACUACCUCUGCGCUGCCGCCAUGUACGUCAGCGUCUUCCUCAUCACUCUUCUGGGGCUCCAUCGGUGCUUGGUGGUCUCCAGGCCGGCGGUGGCUGUGGUGAUGGCAGGUGGUCGUGCUGAGCAGUGGACUCACAGAGUAGUGGUGGCGACUUGGUUGGUGGCUUUGGUGUUGGCCAUCCCAUCCAUCGUCUUCCGGCAGGUGAAGGAUGGGCACUGCCAGCGGGUGCAUGGCACAGGGGCUUGGCUGGUGCUGCACAACCUGCUGGAGACCAUCUUGGGUUGGGCUCUACCACUGACUGCUGUAGCCACUGGCUAUGGGUUACUGGUCCACCGGUUGCGCCAGACUCGCUUGGCCCAGCGCAGUCGGACCUUCCGGCUGGUGGCCUCUGUGGUAGUGGCCUUUGCUGUCACGUGGGGACCUUACCACCUGGCCAGCUUGUUGGAGGUGGCAGUGGUCCUACAAGGCCGGGGGGACACACUGAAGGCAGUUGCCAAAGCCACC